GUAAAGCCUGCAAGGCAGAAAAUGGACAGCAGCCAAAGAGCUCAACAACAAAAACAGAUGUAAAGCAGGUCUUUUUGGACAGACUCAAGUACUCCUAAAUAUCUUUAAAAACACAAUAUUAGCAUGUCUCGAGGCAGCUUUGUCUUCACAUCGAUGGCUUUGCGUUCUCUUGAACUUGACAAGGACAUGCUGGAGAGGCACAAGUACAAGGCACAGAUUGCCACCCAUCACUUCAGCAGCUUUAUGCUGAAGAAGGAGGCAUUGGACAGCACACAAAGGAGGUCCACCAUUACCCGGCGACCAGCUGUCUGUCAAGAUGUGGUCAUCCACAAUGCUUUAUAUACAGGAGAUGUGGAGGCUUUAAAGCGUUUCUUUCCAAGAGGAUCCAUGGCGAACCUUGUCAUAGAGCCACAGGGAGGGGAGAUGCGUUGGGUGGCCCAGGGAAGAGGACUGUGGUCUCUGACUUAUGAGCAAGAGCUGACAACACCACUUCACAUCACAGCAGGUAGAGGAUUUGCAGACUGCCUGAGCCUCCUGCUUCAUCGUGGGGCAAAUGUAGACCUGGCUCCGGGAGGCCACACGGCCCUGCACGAGGCCUGUGAAAGCUGCCAGCCAGAGUGCGCCAAAUUGCUGCUGAUCCAUGGAGCGAAUGCAAAUGCUGUCUCAGAGGAUGGGCUUAUGCCUCUGCAUGUUUGCACGAGUCCUGAAUCCCUUGGAUGUGCCAAGUAUCUCCUUCAGUAUGGUGCCACAAUUAACAGUUGCACUCUAGAUGAAGAUGAUGCUCCAUUACACGUUGCAGCCAGGAACGGCUUGCAAGACCACGUCGAGCUCUACCUGCGCCAUGGAGCAUCGGUGGACAACAAGAACAAUGAGGGUCUCACACCCCUGAAUGCAGCUUGUGCGCACCCUCAGGAGAUGAAGGACUUCGGACGUUACUUGAAGGUGUGCCAGAUGCUGCUGGAUGCGGGUGCUGACGUCCGCACUAAAGAUCAGGACAGACACACUCCUUUACAUAUGGCCUGUAAGAAUGCAAAUGCAGAUGUAGUGGAUCUACUGCUUGCAAAGGGGGCCUGUGUUAACAUUAUGAACUAUGGUGGGGAAGCUCCCAUGCAUAACAUCCUGAAGGUGGUGUGCUUCAAGGUCUCCCAUCAUCCUGAGAGGAUUGUCCGUGCUCUCCUCAACAAUGGCUCUAUUCGUUUCUGGCCUGGUGCUCUCCCUAUGGUUUUGAAGCACUGCUCAGAAUCUCCCCACACCAUUGAGGUUCUCCUGAAUGCCUACAGCCACCUGAAAGUCACAGACACAUGGGUUGAGUCUGUGCCUGAAGACGCAUAUAAGGAGCACAAAGACUUCUUUGAGUCCAUCUUCUCCUUAGCAAUGACUCCUCGUUCCCUGCAGCACUUGGCGCGGUGCAAACUGAGGAGCUUCAUGGAGGGCCGAGUACACAAAGUGGUCCCAAAGCUUGAUCUGCCCACCUUCAUUAAAGACUACCUGCUCCUGGAGUGUAGAGGAUAUGUACACUGAACGCAUGUUGUUGUGUUAUUGUGAGUCCACUUGUGGGUGCAGCUAGUUGGUUUUCUGUUUAAAUUUUAAAUAACGUUUUAUUGACUCGUGACUAGUUAAUAAUAAGGGCUUGUUCUGGAGGAAGCAGCUGCUGCUUGUUUUUUGCAAUCACUUUAGAUCCAGAUCAACUGCUUCAGCACACUGAUUGCUAUUUUUAGACCACAAGAGGGAGCUAUAGACUAGAACUAAUCAAGCAGGAGAUGGAUUUGUGAUUAUUUGUUAAUUGACAUAUAUAUAUAUAUAUAUAUAUAUACAUUUUUGCAUUUACAGCUAAAAAAAAAAAAUAAUAUUUGCAUAAUUACUGUUUCUGACAGAAAUGUUGUGAUUGGGGAACUUCUGUCAAAAUUAGGUUCCAGAUAAUAAAAUUAUUCCAUAAUGACCAAUGAAA